AUGGCCGCCUUACAGGCUGUGAAGCAAUUUCGCCUCCGUGAGGUUGCCUCCCUCGUCUCUACGGACCAGAAGCUUGCUCUCUCACGGACAAAAGUUCUUAACCCCUUCCUUCCUCACAAAAACCCGGACACACAACGCUGGGCACCGCCCAAAUACUCUCUGAGGCGACAAGCCGAGCUCAUUAAGCUUGCUCGUGCUAGCAACACUUUACAUCUUCUCCCGCCUGGCCCCAAGCUUGGCCCCUCCGCCCUUCAAAGUCUUACUGCUGGCUCGAGCGGGGUAUCAUCUUCCUCCGCGCCCGGGACCGAAGAGGUUUGGACCCAGGAGGUAGAAUGGGAAGGUGAAAUCAAAGAGAAGGCGGUUCCAGGUGCGGAUGUUGGGAACAGACUAUACGCCGCCAAACGCAGGAUGUUCAAGGGGCACAAAUGGGAGAGGACGAAGGAGAAGAGGGAGGAGACGCGGAAGAUGCUCAUGAAGGGCAUGAAGCAACGCAUCGAGCGUUUCAAGACGACAUAUCGUCGAAAGGCACCCAGCCCUAUCAGCGUUCCUCGGACCACAAGCUAUACCAAGCUUCCGUUCUGAUGAUAGAACUAUCGUGUAUCCCCCACACCUCCAUUGUUCCCGAAGCAUUAUCUAUAGAGUCAUCCC